CCCCCACCUGCGCUCUCACGUGUAUAUAAAAGAGUACCUCCUCCCCGCAGAUCGCCCGUCUAUACUCUCUGCUAACCAAUCGCCUUGCCGUGGUUUCCUCUCCGUCAGCAACCUGCUGCCUGUACGUCGCGCCGCCGGCCGGUGGAAAAUUAAACUAACUGAAGCCCCGCACCUACCAGCAGCCAGCAGGAUGAGACGAGGGGCGGCGGCGGCGACCACCAGCGGCGGGACGACGAAGCUGGCGCACCACGUGAGCUGGCUAUGGCGUGGCCCCAGGCGCGCGCUGUGCGCGGCGCGGGACCUGUACGUGCGCAGCCUGACGGGCUGCGCGGGCCACCUCCCGGCGGACGCCGCCUUCGGCUACCCGACGUUCGCCGGCGCCGCUGCGGCGCCGUCCUUCGGCGUCCACAGCGGCUUCGGCUCGGCCUCCUCGUCGCGCCGCUCCUCCAGCGCCGACGCCGCCGACGAGGACCUGCGGGAGCUCAUCCGCGCCGCGUCGCAGCGCCGCGCGGCCGAGCUGGAGCGGCAGCGCCACCCGGCCGCCGUGCCGCGCAGCCACAGCGUCGCCGGCGGUGCCGCCAUGGCGCGGAUCGACGAGGACGGGCCGUGUGACUUCGCCUCCGCCGCCGCUGCCGUCGUGUUGUUCCCCAGGAGCCGGAGCUGUGCACCGGCGGGGUCUGGACGUGUCGCUGGACGUAGGGGCGGCAGGGUCGCCGCUCUCGCCGCCUGAUAGAUGCGUCCUGUAAAUUUUCAUGCAAUUGUGUUCUGGCGGUCAUAUCAUGUUCUAUCUGUUUCCUCCUCCCCAGUCAUUGCUGUUCUUGAUUUUUGUUCUCAUAUAAGUAUAUGAGAACAUGCAUGGUACAGAAAGAAGUUUUUUUUUUUCUUUCAAUCUGGUUGGCUUUAAGAUAAACAUAGCAGCAUUCUUUUGCAAAGUGCAGGAUUCUCUAGAGCAUGGCACACCACUUGUAUGCAUGUACUUUUCAGGUGGCCGUAUUUUCUGGUUUUUUUCGGCCGUCCAACAUGGUUAGCGACAUGACUUUUGUCGUUGGUUUU